CUCAAAAAGCUAACAAUCCUAAAUGGCUUUCUACUUCCUAUGCUAGUGCACUACACAGGCUAGAAAAUAGUGAUAGUGCUGUUUACACACUCUGGAGUGCACUAGAUAUCCAAUCAGCACUCAUUUGGGACUCAGCCCUAGUCAAAGCUUACAGUGUGUGCAGAUAAUUACUGAGUGGUUUGGUUCCUCAUCAUAGUGGAGUCUUCUUUCUUUGGAAAGUACACUCCUCUGUAGUUUGGUUAAGGUGCUGUGGGUUGCUAACUUUGCUAACUUUGUCUCAACAGGAGAUUCUUUUCACCAGGUGUUAUUUCUAAUGUAAUUCUCUUCUCUUAAGCUUGAUUUGAAAACAUCUAAACAGUCAGAUUAUUAUCAGCAUUUCAUUAGCCUUUGUUCAGCUUGGAGAUCUGAGGGACUGAAGGUGGUUUCUCAUUCCCAGCCUCUCAGAUGAGUUUAUUUCUCCAUAAAUCAGUGUAGAUAGGAUGUUACACCUAUAAGGGGUGCAUUGCUCCUUUUCUUUUCUUUAAAAAGUCUUGAAUGUAAGACCACAGCACAAUUAUAUCACUUGCAAAAAAUUUAUUACUUCCUGCAUAUGUUUUUGUUGCUUGUACGAAAUGUGAAUUUCAAAACACAUUUUUCACUCUAGAUUGAAUAAAAUCCAAGUUUAGUAUAGGAACCAAUGUGCAGACCGCUUCUUAAAACUUACUGAGCAGUAGUUACAUUCAGGAACAUUAAAUUCAUCAGCUUCUAAUUAGAAAGUUUCUUUCCACCUUAAACAGCAGUUCCAUUCAGAAGAUGAGAAGAAGCCUGGAGGCACCAGUGCUUAACUUCUGCAGCAUUUAAGACAUUUUAAAUGUACCUCAAUAAGAACAUCGCAAGACACAACUAGGAUGAAGUCAGAUGAGAUUAAACUUGAUGAACCCACAGAGAGCUCCAAUAGUGACCAAAGUUCAUCUGGAACUUUCCGCACAAGCUCCUCUCGCAGACGAGUGGAAAAAGAACCUCACUACUGUUCUCAGUGUGGAAAGGGUUUCAGUGUUAAGGGUAAUCUGAAAAUACACCAGCGAAUUCACACAGGAGAAAAGCCAUAUCAGUGUUCACUCUGUGGAACCAGCUUUAGACAGAAGGGUACUCUCCAAAAACACCAACGCAUUCACACUGGAGAUAAACCUUAUUACUGCUUAGAGUGCGGAAAAAGUUUUAAUCGAAAGGAUGAUCUGCAAAUACACCAGCGCAUCCACACGGGAGAGAAGCCGUAUCAGUGUUCAGAGUGUGGGAAGAGCUUUAAACAAAGAGGUCAUCUCCUACAACACACGCCUGUUCACACGGGACAUAAACCUUAUUACUGCUCACACUGUGGGAAACAGUUUACUCUGCAGAGUAAUUUCCAGCGACACCAGCGCAUUCACACAGCACAGAAUGUGGACAAGCAACACUUCUUAUGAGAAAGUGUGGGAGUUGAGUAGUUCCAAAGGAUUAUUUUAUAUCAAAUAAAGUCUUUCUACAGAAGGUGUUUCAUUUCUACAUCUUCUGCAUAUUCCUGAAAUUAUAUUUGCAAUAAUAAUAGCUAUUACAUUGCCAGCCCAAAUUUUUAAUUUUUAAUUGUUUUUUAGAGAGGCAAUAGUUAGUUUGUUAAUUUUAUACUUUCAGAUACCCAUGGAUUAAGAGUGAGUUUCUGUGAUAAGCAGGAUUUAUCAAGAACAAGAUGAUGUCGAGAUCAGUGAAAUUAUACAACUGUCAUAAUAUGUUUUUUAUAAUCAUUGUGAAUGAAAUUUAAUAAACUAUCAUUCAAAUCAUUCAAAAGA